AUGCGCCACUUUUUUCAGUGUAUGUCGCAGGCGCUGCGCGAGCGCGUGCUCGUGCCAUUGAGCCAGUUAACGUGGGCCGAGGUGCUGGUUGCUGUAUCUGUCGGUGUUCUAGGCGGCAUCUUUCCGGUGCCCUUCGUGACGUCAUUAAUUACGCUCGUGAUUGGGUACUACUUACGAUGCACGGCGACAGAGCUCGUGCUUGCCUCUACUAUAAACUUCUUCUCCACGCCCCUCCAGUUUGCGGUUCUACCUUCGCUUGCGCGCCUUGCAGGGAUUCUCACGCAAUCGGAGGUCGAAGCCUUCACCGCGCACGCGCUCCACGAGUCCCUUAGGGUGGGCUAUACCACCUUCCUGAGGUCCUGUGGCCGCAUGAUCUUCUACGCAACCGUGGGGUGGUUCUUCGUUGCCAUUCCAAUCGUCAUGGUUCUCCGCUCUGUUCAGCGGUGCAUUUUACAUCGUCACGUACACAAAGAGAUGGCAGAGUAA